CUCAACAUCUCCUCCCUACUGAAGUCAUGACCGUCCUCGGUCAUCCGCUCGAUUGCGCCUCGUAGUCUGCUGGGAUGGACUUGGAUGGGGUGUUUUGUUCGCGCAGUCGCUCGGUGGAGAUAUCGAGGAGGUUGUUGAGAGGUGGGCGGUGAAAAACCGAUCCGUCGAGUUCACACAGGAUAUACGCGCCUCCGCGGUUGCGUGAGAUGACAACCAGGGGUCCAAGGACCAGAUCUCCGCGUUUGAAGUCAAAGUCCCGAAUCGUCGACGCGUGCUCUUUCUCGAAGCGAAGGGCUGCCCUGACGCGAGCCUCAUAGACGUCAGAAUGGAGCUGGGCUAGAUGGGCUCGUCGUUUUUGGAGGGAUAUGGCGCGUUGUGCAAUGAGAUUGGUGGUGGACAGGAUGAACUCGGGCGGUGGGAGAAGUAACGGCGAAAUACGGCGAGCAACCCAUGCGACGUCGGGCUGUGACUCGAUCGGCCCAGAAGACGGAAUACGCGGCACUGUGCCAUUUUG